AUGGGUGCCAUGAUGGGUGGAACUGUCGGCGUGAUAAUCGGCUUCAUAUUCGGGACUGUCAAUAUCUUCAGAUACGGCGCUGGAACGCACGGCAUCAUGAGAACAUUGGGUCAAUACAUGGCUGGAUCUGGUGCCACGUUCGGCUUUUUCAUGUCGAUUGGCAGUGUCAUCAGAACCGAUGCGUCUCCUAUUGCCGUCGAAGCCUUUGCGCGAGCUCAAAGACGACCCUAUAUCAUGGCGGCAAACCGCGCCUACCGACCGCGCGACGAAUAA